CCGACGUUGCCGUUAUCGCCGUCGCUGUCACCAUCGACGUCGCCGUCGACGCCGUCGUGUCCGUGGUCGCGACAGUGGUGAUAUAGAGAGGCGCAGCGGGGGAGCCAUGACUACGCGUGGAGAAUGGGCUCGAUCGCGUCGGUGCUGCAGUGGCAUUGCUCGGAGUGCGCCCUGAUAAAUCCGACGGAGAGCGCGAGAUGCGCCAGGUGCGGGCUAACGCGGCUCAGGAGCGACGAGAGGGCCAACCUCGAUCGCAGGCAGGAUCGUGCCACGAUCGUAGCCGCGGAGCAUAGCGCACAUCAGGAGGGAGGCGGAAAAGCGGCGGUCGCAGCGCACGCGGAGGAUCGCGCGCGACGCUCAGCAAUAAGGCGCGAAGACGGUGAGUGUCCCACACGGGAAGAGAUCUCCUCCGGGGAAUCGACGCCGCCGACGCCGCCGCCGAGGACGGACAAAUUGCCGCGCAACCCGACGGAGACUCUAUUCGUCGAUCAGCACGACGAGUUCCGAUGUGCCGCUGUUCAAGGUUUUGAGAGACACUUGUCUGCAGCCGACGUUAGGAAGAAUUCACAUUGUGGUUCGUGGUGCGGUAACUCAACUGACAGGAAACCGUUGAAGCGUUUUUCAUCCUUACCUUCUUUAGUCAUACAGUGGACUUGCAUUCGAUGUUUAUUGGACAAUAAUUGCAGCUCAUUGAUUUGCGCGGCUUGCGAUGCCAGUGCGUCGAUAGCUCAGAACGACGGAAAGCAAAUUGGUGCGCGCAAAAGUAAAAAGAUUAAUCUACAUAAAGAGAAUCGUUUUAAGAUUACGUCUGGAUUUUUGGCCAACGUCCUAGAUGGAGAUGCAAACAAGAGUGGUAACAAUGAUACAAUUAUUAGUACAGGUAUGGCACAGUUGACGAGUAUAAGCCGAAGUGAUAGAGGAAGAGGGCACAAAGACUGGAUUUUGCCGUCAAUUGGAACAAUGGAGUCCACUACGCUUCCGUUCACCGAUAAUACCGAUACCUCUCAACGUUCUCCAAAACGACACAGUCCUUCUAUGUAUGAACGGGUCAAGUCCAAAGUCAGUCGUUCGCUAUCGAAUGGUUCUGUUGUUCAAAAAUUGUCAGAACAUGUGGUGCAACGACCCACGAGCCUAGUGGUACCAGAAGCGCGCCAGGACGAUGGCUUAUGGAGCUGCGACAAUUGCACGCUGAACAAUGCGCCCGGUUUAGAGCAAUGCGAGGCAUGCGACGCUCCUAGAAGCUCUGCGCCCUGCAGCGGAGUAGUUAUCAGCGUGCCGGCCUGGGUAUCGCGCGCGUUAUCGUCCGCCGGGCCUCUAUCUUACAGAAGGUCCUUCUCCGAUGCUGAUUCGGUCGCGAAUGUGACGCAGAAGAAGACUGUUAAUCGUAGGAGUUUAAAUGACGAGGAACCGCCCGCGGUGCCGCCGCAUUCCAUUGGAUUCAACUCGAGACCAAAGUAUUCCUACAUUGGGAUCACAGAUCCCGACAUACCACCGCCAUUGCCAAAACAAAGCAGUAAGUUAGGUUUGAUGCCGACGAAGGCACACAGCGAGGCGACCAGUCCGGUGGGCGAGGUGUCGAAUGUGAGUUCAUUGAAGCGCAUGUGGACCUGCAGAAAGUGUUCUUACGCAUAUAACCCGUUAUGGUCCAGCGGUUGCGAUAUUUGCGGUUCGUCCAGAUCGCCGCCCUCAUUAACGCAACCUAGUUUGAUAACCGUCACGAAGGAUACGAGUAGCUAUCCAUCGCACGCACAAUCCCCGAUCGUAGUAUCGAGAGACAGCGUUAGAUAUAUACCAUCGAAAGCCGUCACUUUAGCUACGGCAGAAUCUGAUCUGGACGAUCAGAUCGAUCCGCCUUCACCAGUAUGGACAUGCAAAAAGUGUACUCUAUUGAACGCUGCGUCGAGAACGACAUGCGAAGCUUGCUGCGGUUCAAAACUGAAAAGCAUCAUGCAUCUGGAAGAUGCCACUCUGCGUAAAGGCGAAAGCUGGGUAUGCCCGUCAUGCACAUUGAGAAAUCCGUUGUCGGCGCAAAACUGCAACGCCUGUAAAACGUUAGCGGACUUCCUGGAGAUCCCGAAAGACAAUAGAGCUCUUGGCCAACGGAGCCCAAGUCCGAGACUCUGUUCAACCCCGACGAAUUCCAAAGCGGUUACCCCGAGACAUAGAAAUUCUGUAAGAAGAAACGGUUCGUCAGCGGGUGAUAAAAGGCACUCGAGGACCAGAGAUCCAUCACACAUUCAAUGGCAAUGUAAACUGUGCACAUAUGAGAACAAGAGCACGACUGUUAUCUGUGAAAUGUGCCAAAGCUCGAAGUCAUUGUCCCAAGCGUCUGGAGAUAGAGGGAUACCUAGACUUCUCGAGUCGGGCACUAAUACUCUUAGGAUCCAACGGCAAGAGAGCGUGGUGAUGGAAAAUCUUAGACAAUUGGAGGAAAGAGAAGCACUGGAAAAAUGGGAACGCAUUGUACGAUAUUGCAAAGAGACAAAUGAGCCGUUCGUCGAUGAUUCGUUUCCGCCUGCUCCGAAAUCCCUGUACUAUAAUCCCGCGGAUACGAAAGAUAAUCACGUCGUUCAGUGGAGAAGGCCACACCAAAUUAAUGUGGAUUCGAGUGUUGAUUCUAAACUGCCUUGGGCUGUCUUUAGGACACCCCUACCUUCUGAUAUCUCGCAAGGUGUAUUAGGAAAUUGUUGGUUGCUAUCGGCAUUGGCUGUUUUGGCCGAGAGCGAUGAACUCGUAAGAAGAGUUUUGGUCAUGAAAGAAACAUGUCCCGAAGGUGCUUACCAAGUUAGACUGUGUAAAGAUGGAAAAUGGACGACGGUACUCGUCGAUGAUCUAUUACCCUGUGAUAAGAGAGGUCAUUUAGUGUACUCUCAGGCAAAAAGAAAACAACUUUGGGUGCCGCUAAUUGAGAAAGCAGUUGCUAAAAUACAUGGCUGUUACGAGGCCUUAGUAUCCGGCCGUGCUAUAGAAGGUCUAGCGACAUUAACUGGUGCCCCGUGUGAGAGCGUGCCUUUACAACCUUCAGCAUUGCCAAGCGAAGACGAACUCGAUAGGGACCUAAUAUGGGCACAACUUUUGUCCUCGAGGCAAGCUAUGUUUUUAAUGGGUGCUAGCUGUGGAGGCGGUAAUAUGAAGGUUGACGAAGAGGAAUAUCAGCGCAAAGGUUUAAGGCCAAGACAUGCAUAUUCUGUCCUUGAUGUUCGUGAUGUACAGGGAAUUCGGUUAUUACGAUUACGCAAUCCUUGGGGUCAUUAUAGUUGGAAAGGGGAUUGGUCGGAUGACAGCCCUAUAUGGACUCCGCAAUUACGAGAGAUGCUUAUGCCGCAUGGUGCUUCAGAUGGCGUGUUUUGGAUAUCUUUCGACGAUGUUUUAAAAUAUUUCGAUUGUAUUGACAUUUGCAAGACUAGAGUCGGAUGGAGCGAAGUGAGAUUGCGCGGCACUCUUCCUCCGUUGUCGUCUCUCAGACAUUUGUCGUGUGUUCUUCUGACAGUAUUAGAACCCACCGAAACAGAAUUUACAUUAUUCCAAGAAGGCCAAAGAAAUUCGGAAAAAUCGCAACGUUCUCAACUGGAUUUAUGCGUGGUGGUAUUUCGUACAAGAUCUCCGGCUGCUCCAGAAGUCGGUAGAUUAGUAGAACAUAGCAAGCGACAAGUACGCGGUUUUGUCGGCUGUCAUAAAAUGUUGGAGAGAGAUCUAUAUAUCGUCGUAUGUCUAGCCUUUAAUCACUGGCACACCGGAAUGGAAGAUACAUCUAGCUACCCGGAAUAUGUUCUCGCCAUUCAUAGCUCAAAGAGACUUCUCGUCGAGCAGAUAUCACCACCGGCUUUUGUCUUAGCUGAUGCUAUCAUAAGUCUAACAUUAGCUAAAGGACAACGACAUGAAGGUAGAGAAGGCAUGACCGCUUAUUACUUAACUAAAGGGUGGGCCGGUUUAGUAGUAAUGGUCGAAAAUCGUCACGUAAAUAAGUGGAUUCACGUAAAAUGCGACUGCCAUGAAAGCUAUAACGUCGUGUCCACGAGAGGACAACUCAGAACUGCCGAUAGUGUUCCUCCCCUUCACAGACAAGUCAUCAUAGUUCUAACGCAGUUGGAAGGUAGCGGAGGUUUCUCAAUAGCACAUCGACUUACGCACAGAUUAGCUAACAGUGGAAAUUUGCACGAUUGGGGACCGCCUGAUACACAACAUUGUCCUCAAAUUGAUACUCAGGUAGAAGGUUUGCACAGUCCUCGCUUAAUAACAUGAAGAAAGAAACACAAAAUGAACAAAGGUUGAAUGAAGAAAGAGUUGUCAAUUGCAACCUGCGGCAUUCUCGUACGCGUAAUGUUGAGAAAUUGAAAGAAACCAAAGCAAGAAACAUAGAAACAUUCAGCGCACUAUAAAACAUUCUGAAGACAUUACAAUAUUCUUUGUGCUUUCUAGCUGAUGAUAUUUCAUGGAUGCUCUUAGCAUUGCAACAUGCUCAGCAUUGUACAUAAUACAAUAAAUAACAAUUACGUACAAUGGUUCUAUACCCAGUGAAAAAGUACUUUCUUUCGAGUAAAUAGUGAGUCAUGCAUUUCACAUGCGCUAACGAGAGAAAGGACGAACUUAAAAUAGAAAAAAAAAAAAGUAAAAUAAAACUUACAUGCAAAUUAAGUGUUUCUGCUGGAACCAUUGAGCCCCAUAAAAAAGACUUAUGGAAAAUUGAAUAUUUAUGAAGAAACGAGUUGAACAUUUUGCUUGUUAUAUAAACGAAAAAAAA